UCAUUUUGUAGGAUAGGUUUUGUGCUACCCAGUUGGCUAACCGGCCAGGCGUGUCGCCAAUGAAAGGCACUGCCGAGACUGCGUUAUCAGUGGUCAAGAAAGGGUCCGAUAUCCCGACUGUUCCCGAAGAAGGCAAGCAAAGACAGGACAGGUGUGGAUAGCAGUUACUUUGGACGUGUUACGGCAUUUUUUAGUCAGCAAGAGGUCUGUCCAAUCGCUGCAGUCGGGGGGGGGGGGAAGGUCUGCCAUUGUCUCGGGUAUUUUAAUGGAAAACCUGCUCAUGGUAGACUUACGCCGCAUCAACUCCACUCCCUGUUUCAACGCUCACCACGUUCCACUGGUCACGCAAAGUCAGGAUGAUUAUAUAUGUGCAUGGAUUCAGUGGCUGACGAGGUCAAAUUGACGUCUACCUGUACUACAUGCUGACUGAUCCCCAAUUACUCGCCAACCAGUCUUCCAGUAGGGUAGCCUCAGAUCGCUCCUUUGAUCAUCGAGUUCUUCCGCCAGUCGUCACCUUUCCGAGAUACGAUUGUUAACCCGGUUUCAAGAGAAGAAGAGGAUGUGGUUAAUCCCGGCCGGAUCUAUGCCUUUCGCGUACUACAUACUGCCUCGGCUCUUACGGUUUUCAGGCAGAUCGCACUAAACAGAAGUCACUCCAGUCUGGACAGAUAGCGGUCGAGCGAAAUAUCUAGAUUUUGCGGAUAGGUACGCGGUACGCCGCACCACUCCAAGGUGCGUCCCAGUUUCUAAGCAAGCUGCACCCUCGACAACUUGGUGCACAAUCCUUCCUCCCCUCCAUAGCUCAUGUGCACGUAUUUGCGUUCCCGGUCGGGACUACACUUGGUCGCAGAAGACAUGAAGGAAACGAGGUUAAAUUUGGAAACUUUUUGUAUAAAUGGGAUAUUGUCUACUUGUUUGUGAGUGUUCUUUUAUGUUCCAUGAGCAUCAAACCAGCGAUAAAUGUGCCUUUAUUGAAGCAGCAAACGCUCCUGCUUUAGCAAAGGAAAAGAACAGGACAGUCCCCGCAACUUUUGAUGAAAACUGUUUUGUUCCUGUUUUUUCUGAAUUCUUCAUGCUGUUUUUCCGUCCUUCCCUUCUGUAUGCCCAGAUGUGUAGGUUAAAGGCAUGAGACGUGUGUUUAUUCUUACCUGCUAUAACAGGUGUUGCAACCGGGUUUCUUUGGUUUAAGUGGGCUACAGUAGUAACUACAGCCAUCGCGUGCCAGGUGGCCGAGAAAACUCGUUUUGGACCUUCGACUUUAGAGGUCCUCUCAGGAUAUGUCUAAAGAAAUUAAAAACCUCAAUGGUUCCGUAAUUUCCAAGACUUGGCUGUCGAACACAGCCAUGUAGCCAUUCACAUCUCCGUAAAGUCCCCAUUCGCCGAAUUUCGACUCCUACUGACGUCAUUAUUUCUAGUAGAACUUGAACGUUUCUACAACUUAAACUCUCCUGUUUGUAGCAAGCAUCUGGCGUGACUUGCCACAGAUAUCCGGAGGUCUUGACGAUUACUCAACACUACAUCCUGAGGAAAAACAGAAUCCUGAAAACGCACCCUACGCCUACGGAAGUCAAAGCCGUGACGAGUCGGACUUCAACUUUGCGAAUCAACUUCGGCAAGACAGGGUGGACAGUGACCCCAUGCUACCCCCCGCCUUCUACGGUGACUACGAAGUCCUAAAGUUGACGGACACCCCACAGGAACCACGAUUUAUGCAAGAAAACUCCAAACUUCCAACUAAAACUAAGGAAGAAUCAAAGAAUCUCAAGGGUAGACAAUCCAGUGUGCCAAAAGACACACAGCCCGCAAUCAGUACCCCUCUCGGGGAAGCGGCUUCUGCGUCUAAUCGAGCGAAUGACUUCGUCUUUCCUUUUGGGAGUGGUGGUCUUGGUGGUGGUUACAACUACGAAGAACCGGACGAUCCUUGGUUGAUGCAACAACAGGCCUUCUCCGAGUUAAACGCCUGCUACAUGAACGAACCAACGCUUGUACUAGGGAAGCCUGCAGCGUCCCAAAGUGUGGGGCAGCCGAUGCCGUCAGCAAGCACAGACGCCGAAGGGACAACUGUGGAUGUGGGUACGAUGUUUCCGGAGAAGGAGGAGAUACAACUGCGUGGCGUGCCGGGUUUGAACAAUACGCCCGUGAAUGAUACAAAGACUGAGAAAACUGUCUCUAAGCCACCAGUUGUCCCGGGAGCACUCUUACGAUGUAUUCAGCGCGUAGUGCAGAUGCGAUGUCAUGCAGCUGGGCAUAGUAGCAACAUCAUUGGUCGACAGGCAUGUGAGGUCAUGUGUGAAGCUGUGCGGCAGAGGAUGAGCCAUUUCAUUGAAUUUCUCCAUGACUGUAGACAGCCACUGGACUCCUGUACGCAACGCUACAGUGUCUUCUUCCUGAACAGGGAGGCCUAUGCCGCAGGGCAGGUUGCUGAAUCAAAACACGGUUCCAAAAACUACGGUAAGAAAUAUCCGAAAAAAACGGAAAGAGGCAAGUCCUUGGGACGGGAGGCGCUGCAACUCCAUCCUAAAAUCCACUCUGGCACCUACUGUCUCGCGUGUGGGAACGCGUAAGUUCAGCUAUAUCUCAUACCUUUUAUUAUUUGGGUUCUUAUUCCAAACAUGUCCUCCCUUCUUGUCAUUCUGUAUCGGGCAGGUAAAACGCAAGCCAUCAUGCUCUUUAGAAACCUCACAUUAUCAUUCUUUAUACAUACAUGUAUGUGCAAAAUGACAUUACUGACAAAGGCAAGUGAGACUGGAAUUUACGUUUCAAACUUCUUAGCCGUCAUCAGUCCAAGCCGGGGCUUGCAAUCUCUGAUGCUUGAACCCGCGUACUGCCGAUCAAAAGUCUAAUCCUCUAACCUGAAUUUGUAUGUGCAGAAGAUCAUCGGCUAAGACAAUGGAGGCUGGGAUGGACAUUUCUGGCUAACAAACCGUUGUCAGCCAUCCUUACCCAGCCUCAGGUCUUGAAACACCUGAGGUUCGAUCCCCAGGUUGACUGACGACAGCUAAUAAGCCAGAAGUUGCCACCCCAGUCUUGCCUUUGUCGAUAAUCCUCAGCAUAUACCACUGGUCAUUGUGUGACUGCCUGCGAGGGAUCUAGGUUGUGCAUUAAGGCACAACGGGCAAGCAGGCCCGUAACGCGAUCGUUGAACGCACUUAAAACAUACAUAUAUACAUCAUUCCUUAAAGACUAUUUGCGAACUCGAAACGUGUAUGAGUUCGCUACGGGUCUCUUCCUCAUAUCCUCUCAGUAAGGGUUUUUUGCAUUCCUUUUGCGAUCAUAUUUUGAUUAAGAAAAUAAAAAUUUGGACGGUUUUAUCUCCCACAUUGUUUAAGGUCUUAUUGACUUCUAGGGGUAAAAUUGUUAGAAAAAACUCCGUGUUAAGCUGGUGAUUUUAUAAGUAAAAUCAAAGGUUAAUAUUUGUGUGUUCCUAAUUUUCUUCCUCUCCUCUAGCUCCACCCAUACUUGCAGUCUUUGGCCGUGCGUUGCUGAUAUUUUUUAGAAUCCUGUCGGAUUUCAAAUUUUUGCUGUAAUAAGACUAGAGGGUAUUUUCGCCCCCCCAAAAGAUUUCAUACCUCACUGACUCUUGGUAGAAGACCUUCCUCAACAUCCUUACGAGUGUAACCAAGGUCAGCUUGGCUUGAUUACAUCGCCGAUUGGGCAAAAUUACCGUUAAGGUGUGCCUUUGACGGACUGAUUGCAAUAAGAGUCACGAGCGGAAAAAUUGUUUCAGCUUCAUUUAUGAGGCCAAUAGAUGUAACUGCCUCUUUCGCGUUCACUGAUUUCGUGCAAACAGACAACGCUCUGAAAUCUUGUCCCGCCGUUUCAGCUUUUAAGUAAAGUGGAAUGAGGGUGUGCAUCAUGGAAACAAGAAAUGCAGUAUCUGCGAUUUCCGGCUUGCCUCUUUUACCGUGCACAAUAACACUUAUCGCCUGUCUCGUCAGAGCAAACGAGAAAUCUUGCCCUACAGUUAUACCGACAGAGCAAUCGACAAGUCAAGUCAACCGAAAUUUUGAAAUUUAUUUUCGAUUAAGAAAGAUUACUUAGGUGAGAUUGUAAUACUGAUUACCGUUCAACAUAAUCCUGAAAUGUGUCAGCUGCGCCAGGAGGCCUGCUCUUAAAUGCACCUCUUUUCGGCCACAUGUAAAAAAUGGCUACUUAAGUGGCAUGCUUUUAUCCAUUUACUCUCGACGCCCUUAUAAAUUCAAGUAUAUUUUAUGGAAAACGUAAUCGAAAAAUACCCUUUGCUGUACUCGUUUGGUAGAAGACUCACCUCUUCAAAUUCUGUGCUCGAAGACGGGAUAUACCUAAAUAGUAAGAAGGUCUGUUAGUCCUCGAAAAGUUUUGAACCCAACCCGCAGCUGAAUUUUCGCUUAAAGUCCCCAAACCACAUGUUGCACACUUUCUGCAUAAGGAAAAACAUGCAUUUCUCUACGCUUUUGAGAAGAUUAAUUUUGCAAUUUUGUGCUCUGUAUUGCAUACUUAAUAAUUAAUACAAUGUACUUUGAAUGGACAUUUGGUGGUCUUAAAAAAUCUCACGAGGACAAAUUUACCCUUUCCUUGAUCACAAAAUUUGAAGAAAACACGAAUUUCUACCUCAACUUUUAUUGUUUUUUCUCUAAAAUAUAUCUGACUUCGCAAUGGCGUCAAAAGUAAAUGAAAAAGGCGUGAUACUGAAGUAGUCGCUUUUUGUCGAGUGCAGUUUUGCAUGCGGCCGAAAAUAAGUGCAUUCGCAAGACUUCCCUCGACAUGACUGAAACAUCUUGGGAUUCUGUUCCAUGUUAAUCAGUAUUACAAUCCCAUUUAAGUAAUCCUUCCUAAUCGAAAGCGGAUUACAGAAUUUCGGUUGGCGUUUCGUCUGAUAGUUUACUGACUACACUUGUCGACCGCCCUAUCGUGACCACUGUAGACAGAUUUUGCUCCGGUGAGGCAAGCGAUUAUCGUUAUUUUGAUGGAUAAAACUAGACAAGUCGAAAAUGGCAGGUACAAUAGUUUCCAUUUUCUUGAUGUACUUCUAUUCUACUUUAUUCUUAAGUACCCGUGUAGUUCUGAUAGAAACGACUGUUGACAUUGCCCCGAUAGAUCCGCAGUCGGUCUUACUUUUAGAUAAGGAAAUGAACGGCCGAUAUGGGUUAGAAUAAGACCGAAACGGCAAUUGCCUGAGUUCACUACGGUCUAUCUUUUGGCAACGCUAUAUAUUUUCAAAAUGCCCCAGAGAGGACAGAAUCCAAGCAAGUGGACCACAGACUCACGUUGAACAUGCAGUGGAAAAUCAUAACACACCAGUUAACAGUCCCUUUAGUUCUCACUGUUUGACUUAGCAGUGUCGCGUUCAUGGGCAGUCAUGUAUCAAUGCUGAACUGAUGCGGUAUUUUUCUGAUGAAACAGUGGCUUAAAAAGGCUUUUAUGCCUUAAUCAUGGCACCCCUAUAUUUUCCUGUUUCGGCGUCGUACAACUUCCUACACCGUGGAAGAAAGUAGUAGUUCGAAAAUACAGUGCCAACGAUUCUUUAUGAUGGCACUGUCCAUCUUGAUUUUAUCCAACCUCUACUUCAUCUACCUCAAAGAUCUUAAAGUUAGAAUCUUUCACGAAGAUUUCAUUCCUAUCUGUAUUACGGUUGCUAGCUUUCAUGGUGAUUAACAGUGCUGAUUUCCAUCGUUCCAUACUUAAAACUAACAUUAUAAUCAGGGCUGGAUAACUGACUAUUCUAGUUACUCGUUUUUCCAUCUAGCGACUGGAUUGUCAGCUCAAUCCCGGAUACCAAUCUCCUUCUUGUGGUCACUGCGAUGGCACGCGAAAGUGCGGCUGUUAACUGCAAUUGUGGCUGUGUGCGACGCUACCGUUAUGGGACCCGUUUAAAGGAUAUCCUUUUUAGCGACUUCAUUGACCAGGUUGACAAUCUGAUCUAGGACAAUCCUACUUUGCCUAUUGCCUUCUUUGUGCGGAAGGUUAAAUAGUAUUUUCUUACAUUGUGUUAUUUCUGGGCGGAUAUAUAUAUAUGAAGAAGAUAGAAGACUCGUCGGAAAAAACCGAGUUGUACUCGUGAAUUUUCGAGCUGGUGCACCAACCCGUCGUCGGACAAAAUAAACAGAGGACAAAGUGAAAUGGUCAGACAAAAUUGGUUAGCGUGACACGGCAGCCACUAACAGGUAAGCAACUAAUGUAUGAAAGGGGGGAUGGAGACAUAAUUAGGCUAAGGUCUGUGGUGGGGGAGGGAAGGGGGAACUGUUGCGGCUCCCUUUGCUGGAGGGUAGGGGGGAUGACGAUUCAAUGUGACUACGGACAGUGGACUUAAUGGUCCUCUAUCCGGCAUGCGGGCAGAGGUCACUGAUCCAACGUAGAGGUGUUAGGGAUUGCAGUUGCGGUUCACUGUGUUUGGGGUAGGGGGUGGCGAAAUAGUGUGAUUAUGCAUGGCCGGGUAUGGAUUAGCGACUGUUUUUCGGUCGUGGGCGCAAGUCAGUCGGCCGGGUACGCAGAUCGACAUGGCGAUUGAUGCUAGUCGUGUUAGAGUGCCAGGCUUCGAGGAAUUGUCGGGCCUGUUUGGUGUUUGCCAUGACAGCAAUUUAAGCUCCUUUUUAACUCAAGCGACGGUCACAUUGAAAAGCGGGCGCGAACACGAGUGACUGCCCAUCUUCAUGGUCUCCAGUCUCUUGCAGAACUCAUCAUAUGACCCGUGGGUUGCAUUGGCGUUUUGCUUGAUGCAAAACACGUCAGUGCCGACAGUACCUGAGAAGAGGAUCCUACUACAUCGCGGUCUGUUUCGCCCCCGCCUCGUUGACCAUGCUAGUAGUCGGUGGCCCGACAGUUUCACUGCUUCUUGUCAGGAGUCUUUGCAAAACCAGCUAGGAAACAGGCAAGUUCAUGAAGCGAUUUACCGAGCGGUCGAUAGAUAUCUGAGUUUCCACCUUGAUGCCUAAUCGUCGUCCGCGCACCGAAAUCUCUAUAACGUAAAAAUGAAGGAUGUGUCCUGUCUGCGCGACGUGGGCUACCACUUUUAGUUUUAAAUCCAACCUCCGCAAGAUCAACUGAUGUUCAUAUGUUCGCGUUCUUAGUCUUCGGCUGGCUACUCCGGCAUAGUUGCCCUCCCCAAAGUUCCACUGAAGUCGGGAAACAACUAACGACUUGUCCUGGAUUGGGACGGGUUCUUUUGGCCACUUCACCUGCUGCUGGAAGCUCAAGUCUAGCCUGUGGAAGAUUUCUAUUCCUGGUGACGCAAAGGGAUCUAGCCACCGCUUUGGAGACCUCUUCUAUGUACGGGAUACUUCAUCGUCUCGGUUGAGUGGACUCAACUUUUCGUUUUUUGGGACAUUUGACACAUCUUAGCGUUUGAUUUUGAAUAUCCGUCGAUUUCAAAGGGGCUUCUGCGGUGCAUCAUCUCGUCCUGCGUUGCGACUGUCUUACUGUAACGAGCAUGUGCAUCCAAGCAGGUCGUCGUGUACUGACAAUCCGCUUGCUCAUUUAUUUCCCCUUAACAGUAACUUUACGCGGCGAGGCCUUUCCUAGACCCCAGACCUACAGAGCCGAACCGCCAUCUCCGGCCACGUGCCAAAUGGUAUCCUACAAGGUAAAUUCGCUUUUCUGAUUUCCCUAAAUCUAAGCAAUAAUUGACAGUUAUUUUCAGACUGUAGUAUAAAAGUGGCAAUUCAUGGCUUUUGAACAUUUUGCUUUCGCUGAAUUUCGGAGUGAUCUAUUUCAACUUUCCCUCUCCUGUAGAGGUUAUUGCUAACACGCCAUCCAUAUACCUUAAUUUUCUGAACGCACAAAAGAAGCUUUAUUGCCACAGCAGUCCCGGGUAGACUCUACACGACGGUCCUCCACUAGAGCAUAAUGAAAGCUGCAGUCUGCUUACCGUAGAUCUGUUCAUCGUAGCUAAAACUCAGAACAUUAUUCGGCUGAAUAUGAUUCAAGCAUGCCGAGCAAUCACCACCCGAACAGGAAAUCCGCUCUGUUUUUCCGAAAAGAACGUUGGGUACUGCGGAUUUUGGGCGUCCCAAGUGCGGUACAUGACGGAAGUUGGUGCGCGAGGCAUUUUUAGCGCAUAUGCAGGAGUAUAUCUUUCCUCUCGUUCAUUGUUUCUUCCUCCCCUUCCCCGUAGGUUGAGAACGCUUCACUUUGUGCGAGCGCUGCCUCCCAACUUUCAAGUGGUCGCAUCCUCGGACGUCUGUCGGGGCUUCUCACUUUCUUGGCCUUAUUCCACAGGGGUCUCUGA